AUGGUUUCUCUAUUAUCUCUAGAUCUCUCUCGUAACUUGCUUGAAGGCGGGAUACCAAAGGCCUUUCAAAACUUAUGCAGCUUAGAAUCGUUGGAUUUAGCUUCAAACAAAUUCUCUGAAAACAUUCAGGACUCUGUAGAAACCUUGUCCUGUGCUGAGAACACACUUGAGAGCUUAGACUUGAGUGGUAACUGGUUUUGGGGUUCAUUUCCAGAACUGACAGGUUUUUCAAAGUUAAGAGGGUUAUUUCUCUACGAUAACACUCUAAAUGGGUCUCUACCUGAGAGUGUCGGGCAACUUUCUAGCCUUGAAUAUUUGGAUCUUUCUUGGAAUUCUUUGAAUGCUGUCAUAACAGAAGCCCACUUUUUGAACCUCUCUCGUUUGAAGAAUUUGGAAGUUUCUGUUAACCCAGCUUUGUCUAUCAACCUGAGCUCAGAUUGGAAUCCACCAUUUCAACUUGAUUAUGCGUUAAGCAUGUCCUCUUGCAAGGUGGGACCAGCAUUUCCAAAAUGGAUUCAGACGCAGAGAAAUCUUAUUUAUCUUUUUCUGGCUAAUGCUAGUAUAUCAGAUUCCUUACCUAGAUCCUUGUCUUCCUUAUGUGCAACAGAGGCUCCACAGAUUCAAAUUCUCGACCUUUCUGACAACCUACUGUCAGGGGAGCUUCCUAAUUGUUGGAUGCCAUUUCAACAAUUAGACAUAUUGUAUUUGGGAAAGAAUAAAUUAUCUGGGAAAUUACCAAGCUCAUUAGGGAAUUUAAAGGGAAUUAUCAUUUUGGGUUUACACAGUAACAACUUUUCAGGAGAAUUGCCUUCUUUAGAGAACUGUACAAGAUUAACCAUUCUUGACCUUGGGAACAAUAACUUGUCUGGAAAGAUACCAACAUGGAUAAACCAAAACCUAAAACAUUUGAUAGCUCUUCGCUUAAGGUCCAAUCAGUUCAAUGGAAUCAUACCCUUUUCCAUGUGCAGUCUAAGCACCAUUCAUGUCUUGGACCUCUCUCAGAAUAAUAUAUCAGGAGCCUUACCACAUUGCUUGAAUAACAUUUUAGCUUUGGCUGAUAAUGCUGUAUAUUAUAUUAAGAAUGUCAAAUUGGUGUGGAAAGGGAUAGAGAGAGAGUUUGGGGCAAAUCUUCUGCAUGUGAGAAGCAUUGACAUUUCAAGCAAUUAUUUGGCUGGGGAAAUUCCGCAAAGCAUAACAAGUAUGACAAAGUUGAAUUCUCUGAACCUGUCAAGAAACAAUUUGACAGGAAAGCUUCCUGAAAACUUCGGGAAUUUGAAGAAGUUAGAAUCUCUCGAUUUGUCAAGAAACCAGAUAUGUGGUAGAAUUCCUGUAAGUUUUUCAAGCUUAAAUUUUCUUCAAGUCUUGGACGUAUCACACAACCACUUGUCAGGAAGAAUUCCUCUAGGCACCCAACUUCAGACUUUUAAUACUUCUGCAUAUAUGGGAAAUCUUGGACUUUGUGGACCACCAUUAACACAAAUUUGUCCAGGAGAUGGAACAACUGUAGAUGAUGGAAUUACGAGAGGUGGUGAAACUGAUAACAAGGAACAUGGCAAUGACGGUCUCAUAAGCCUGGGAUUCUUUAUCAGUAGUGUUUUGGGAUUUGUCAGUGGAUUUUGGAUAGUCUGUGGCAGUUUACUGCUUAAGAGCUCUUGGAGAUACGCCUAUUUCAAGUUCUGGGAUGAUUUAAAGGAUUGGAUCUAUGUCAAAAUGGCUGUGUACAAGGCAAAAAUGCAGAGGAGACUUCAAAGAUAA